CGGCCGGCCGGCAUGGGCGGACUACAAAUCCCAGAAGGCCUCGCGCCUAAGGGGUGGGCAGGCGGCUUACCUGCCCGCCGCGCUUCCCUGUGGUACUUAUUGCUUCCCAACUGCAAUAGCUGUACUUCAUACAGCUGAUGGCUGCCUCCUUCAGGGAGCAUUAGCAGUCUCGACACCGAAGCCCUCGCGUUCCCACUCUUUCUGCCUCAGUUCUGGCUAUGCCUGAAUCCCUCACCGGAGUCGGGUGGCGGAGGAGAGGGAGGGAAGCCUAUGCCAGCGCUACCCGAGCGCACUUCCGCCUCAGGGCUCCGGAAUGUAGAGCGCACGCGCUUGCUGCGACUCCGGAGCGACUCACUUCCGUUCCCACUGUGCCCUGCGAGCCGAAUCAUGGAUCACACUGACAAUGAGUUACAAGGCACUAAUAGUUCUGGAUCCUUGGGUGGUCUUGAUGUUCGCAGAAGAAUUCCUAUAAAACUCAUCUCCAAACAAGCCAACAAAGUGAAACCUGCAGCUCGAACUCAAAGGACUAUUAGCAGGAUGCCUGCAAAGGCCCCACCAGGUGAUGAAGAAGGAUUUGAUUAUAACGAAGAGCAACGGUAUGACUGUAAAGGGGGUGAACACUUUGGGAGUCAGCGAAGAUUUCCAGGACACCUUUUUUGGGAUUUUAAGAUAAACAUCUUAGGUGAAAAGGAUGAUACACCAGUUCAUUUCUGUGACAAAUGUGGAUUGCCUAUUAAAGUCUAUGGGAGAAUGAUUCCAUGCAAGCAUGUCUUUUGCUAUGACUGUGCUAUUUUACAUGAAAAAAAGGGAGAUAAAAUGUGCCCGGGCUGUAGUGACCCCGUGCAGCGGAUUGAGCAGUGUACACGAGGCUCUCUCUUCAUGUGUAGCAUUGUUCAAGGUUGCAAGAGAACGUAUCUGUCUCAGAGAGACUUACAAGCUCAUAUCAACCAUCGCCAUAUGAGAGCUGGGAAGCCUGUUACCCGUGCUUCACUUGAGAAUGUUCAUCCUCCUAUUGCCCCUCCUCCAGCCGAGAUCCCCGAUCGUUUCAUAAUGCCGCCGGACAAGCACCAUAUGAGCCAUAUUCCUCCCAAGCAGCACAUCAUGAUGCCGCCACCUCCUCUGCAGCAUGUGCCGCAUGAGCACUACAGUCAGCCACACGAGGAUAUCCGUGCUCCUCCAGCGGAAUUGUCCAUGGCUCCACCUCCACCUCGUUCGGUCAGUCAGGAAACCUUUCGUAUUUCAACAAGAAAACACAGCAAUUUAAUAACUGUCCCUAUUCAGGAUGACUCAAGUUCAGGUGCUAGAGAACCACCACCUCCUGCCCCAGCGCCUGCUCACCAUCAUCCUGAAUAUCAGGGCCAACCAGUGGUAUCGCACCCUCAUCAUAUUAUGCCUCCACAGCAACAUUAUGCACCACCCCCACCUCCUCCACCACCAAUAAGCCAUCCAAUGCCACAUCCUCCCCAGGCUGCAGGUACUCCUCACUUGGUGUAUAGCCAAGCUCCACCUCCACCAAUGACCUCUGCUCCACCACCAAUAACCCCUCCCCCUGGACAUAUUAUUGCCCAGAUGCCACCUUAUAUGAAUCAUCCUCCUCCAGGACCCCCCCCACCUCAGCAUGGUGGUCCACCUGUAACUGCACCCCCUCCUCACCAUUAUAACCCUAACUCUUUACCCCAGUUUACUGAAGAUCAAGGAACUCUGAGCCCUCCAUUUACACAACCAGGAGGAAUGAGUCCUGGUAUAUGGCCUGCACCAAGAGGUCCACCACCACCUCCACGAAUGCAGGGCCCGCCUUCUCAAACCCCACUACCUGGACCACAUCAUCCAGAUCAAACAAGAUACAGACCAUAUUACCAGUGAUAAUAGUGUUUUGAACUGAAGAUAUGACAAGGAAAAAGAUUAAAUUAGUCAAUCUUAUAAUUAAGCUUUGUUGGGGGAAGGAAAAAUACCUCUUGAGGUGGCUAUAAACACAAAGUCUUGUCCCAUAAAAUGGUUUUAAAUCUUGACCUUAGGAUUGCUUUCAGAUACUAUACUGUAGUGCAGAGCAGUGGCUUGUUGAGCACAACUGUAUCUUAGCAACUGUUAUUUUGGUGUGGUGAAUUGACCCUGAAGUGACCAUUUGUAAAAAAAAUUGAAAAAUUUUCACUGUUCCAUUUUCAAAAUACUGCUUUUAUUAAUAAACCCAGUGUUUAGUUUUUCUUGUGAUGCAUUUUGUUAACCUAUAUAAAGGAUUAAAUUUCAAGAUGGUUGUAAAAAUGCUGUUUUAUGUGAAUUUAAGUACAGCCAUAUAAUUUUUCUUAAACCAUAUGUUCUACCACUAAUUUUCCAAAGUUAAAAUAAAGUUCUAAAAGUAAAACUCUACUAAAUUAUAACCAGGCAGACUGUUACAUGAUAGGGAAUUACUUCACAUUUUAGGCAUUGAAACUUCAAGGGGUCUUAAUUAUGAAGUGCACUUGGAUUUCCUUUUGUCUUUGGACUGCCCACGGAGCGCCAAGCUACAUGAGAAUUCCGAUGACAGUGUAGUUGUGUGACAUGUCCCAAGGCCUUCUGAUCAUUUGGAAAAUGACUGGCUUUGCAGGCUCUAAGCUGCUGAUGAGAAGCUGUUCUCAUCGAUGCUUAAGUUAUAUCACUUUAUAGGAUUGUUGGAAUGGUGUUUUUUGGAUGAAAUGUGUUCUGUGUUCACCAUCUUAACCUACGUUUUAGGGCUGAUGAAGUUUUAUUUAAAUCUGCAUUUCUUCCUAGUACUUUGAUUCUGUGUUUUCGUGUGUUCUUGUUUAUGGAACUAUAAACUGCAGCUUGAGUGCUGUGGAGGAAUUUGACUAAUGUAUUCGCAAAGGGUGUUUCUUGAAAAACCACAAACUAGCAUUUACUCAGGUUUCAUUGCUGUGGUUUUUCCUCCAGUUUGAAAUUGUAAAACUAUCAUUUCUUUUGUUGUUGUUGUUUGUUUGUUUGUUAUAAAGCAUUCUAACAUUGUAGUGUGGAAUCAAUAGUGAAGACAACCAGAUAAUUUUGAAUUGGACAGAAAAAAAGUAAUACUUAGAUUGUGAAGUUCAGUGCCAUGAAAGGUGCCUUUGGAGUCAGUGUUUGCAUUAUCAGGACUUGUUACAGUUCAUUGAAGAUGACCACUCAGUUUAUACAGCUUUCUUACGUAUAAGUCAUCAUUCUUAGGAUAUUAUUAUAUAUCCUUUGAAUUGACUAAACCCUUGUGAAGCUUUUCUUCCCCCUUAAAAUGGUGCAUAAUAUAAACAUGGUGUGUAGAAUGCAGAUAUCUUUUAUUAGGGAGUUUGUAGUAUAAAAAUGUAGGCAUUUGUUUUUGACAAAGGGUAUACUGAUUGGUAAUUCACCAUUUUUUUCUGUCAGGUACAGGAACAUUCUUGUGUUAGGUAAUCAGAUACAAAAUCAUUUCUGAACUUAGCACAGGAGUAAAUAUGAAUGGCCAUUUCAUCCUUGGCUGGCCAAGAAAAACCAAAAAACGAAUGCAGUUUUUCUUUCUUUUUUUUUUUUUUUUUUUGGUUUUUCGAAGCAGGGUUUCUCUGUAGCUUUGGUGCCUGUCCUGGAACUAGCUCUUGUAGACCAGGCUGGCCUCGAACUCCCAGAGAUCCGCCUGCCUCUGCCUCCCGAGUGCUGGGAUUAAAGGCGUGCGCCACCACCGCCCGCCCUGCAGUUUUUCUCCCCACAUGUAGCAGUUUGAGAGUCAGGUUUGCUCACGCACUAUUUCUAGUGAGAAGUUUUUGUUAUUAGAAGUUUUUGUUAUUAGAGAGUGAAAUAGUGUGACGUGGUGAGUGUUCCAUCAUAUUACUGUAGGUAUGUGGAUUGGUGCAAACUUGAUUCCUUCUCAUACCCCUGUUUAGGAGCUUUUUACAUAUUACUGUUAAAAAUCCAAAUAACUUUUUGUUUCAUGUAACUAGAAAAUAGCCAGAUUCAUGUAAGAGCUUCUUAACUGUUUAUGAGAAGCUCUUGUAAUUGAGAUUUACUAGGGUUGGGUGUGGUAAGAAAUCACUUUGCCUAUAUUUUGGACCAAAAAAUCAAUAUCAUGAAAAAAAAAUCCUGCAUUAUGAGAAUUCUUGUAGGCAUUUAACAACAAUUUUCAGUUAUGUUAAUAAACAUUAUACUGGGAGGCAGGUCAGAUGAAUGUCUUGUAAUAGACAAAAUUUAAAAUGUUAGGCUUGAAUUUAUCAGUUAAUUGUUUGAUGAGGGUGGGUGGGUAGACAGAUAACAGGAUUGCUGUGAAGUGUCUGUUCUUGAGGAAAAGGUUGUGAAUCCCAGUGCAUUUCAGGGAAGCCUUUGAAUCUGUCUGUGGUGGACGUAAGUCUAAAUGUAUGUGUGUCUCAUUAAUUUCUCUUAAAACUACUGAGGUGGCAGUCAAUUCUUAAAAACAAUAAAAUGGAAGCAUAAA